AUGAUCUUGUUUUUUUGUGGAUCAUCGCACUGCACGAAUUAUCUGAUUUCAGUUCCAGGUAUUGAAAAAAAAUCCUCUAACAGCAUUUGUCCUCCAGGACCCAGGACCCAGGACCCAGGACCCAGGACCCAGGACCCAGGACCCAGGACCCAGGACCCAGGACCCAGGACCCAGGACCCAGGACCCAGGACCCAGGACCCAGGACCCAGGACCCAGGACCCAGGACCCAGGACCCCAGGACCCAGGACCCAGGACCCAGGACCCCUCUCUGGAGCCCAGAGAAGAGUAGAACUGAUUCUUCCUCCACUUGCCUCGUCUUUUAUAGUACUUUUUAUGGGCCCGUGGGUUUCUGAACCAACUCACCUACAGGAAGGGCUCAAUUACUUUAAAAAAGGUCCAUCCAGCUACGCGGUUGCAAGCUCCAAUGUCGUGGAGACGCUCGACAAAUCGAAUCAAGAAGAGGUCGAGAUUGUGAACACCCUCGAAAAAGCCAUUCAACGAGCAGAGGCUCUUCUCAUCGGAAAUGCCGAUUACAAUCACAUUGAAUCCCUAUUGAGAGACAAACUCUUUUUAGUGAAUUUCAAAAUUUCAGCAUUCGAAAAAUAA